UCCGGCGCUCAAGGGCCUGGCGGGCCUCGCUGGCGUCGCCCUCCAAGUCCGGACCCGGGUCUCAGCGGACUUUAGGGGAAGUGAGUCUGGGCCUCGUGACCCGGCCAUCCUGGGUCUUUGCACAGAUUCCGUGGCGGUCGCCUCAUGGCAGCGCCGAGCUCGCUGCUGCUGGCCGCGCUGCUGUGGGUCCCUGCCGAAGCCCUGAGCUGCUAUGGAGACUCCGGGCGGCCGGUGGACUGGUUCGUGGUAUACAAGCUGCCAGCUCACAGCGGGUCUGGGGAUAGUUCAUGGGGGGGUUUGAAGUAUAAAUACAUGGACCAGAGCUCCGAGGGCUGGCGCGACGGUGUGGGGUACAUCAACAGUUCAGAGGGAGCCGUGGGCCGGAGCCUGCUGCCCUUGUACCGAGACAACUCCAGCCAGCUGGCCUUUCUACUCUACAACGACCAGCCUCCUAAAUCCAGCUCAGCUUGGGACUCUUCCAGCCGUGGGCAUACAAAGGGUGUUCUGCUCCUCGACAAAGAAGGGGGCUUCUGGAUGAUCCACAGUGUUCCACGCUUCCCACCCCCUGCAUCAUCUGGUGCAUACAGCUGGCCUGCUAAUGCUCGAACCUAUGGCCAGACCCUACUCUGUGUGUCCUUUCCCUUCACCCAGUUUCUCAAGAUUGGCAAGCAGCUAACCUAUACCUAUCCUCUGGUCUACGACCACAAGCUGGAAGGCAUCUUUGCCCAAAAAUUACCUGACCUACAGGAGGUGAUCAAGGGCCACCAUGUCCUCCAGGAGCCCUGGAAUAACAGUGUAGUACUCACUUCACAAGCCGGGGCCUCCUUCUGGAGCUUUGCCAAAGCUGGAAAAUUUGGAGAUGACUUGUACUCGGGUUGGUUGGCAGCAGCCCUCGACACCAACCUACAGGUCCAGUUCUGGCCAAAUUCUCAAGGCACCCUGUGUUCCAACUGCUCUGGGACCCAUGAGAUUCUUGAUGUGGCUCAGACAGGCUUUCCUGGCCCGUCUGCACCAACUUUCAGAGCUACGGAAGACCACUCCAAAUGGUGUGUGGCCCCUCAGGGGCCCUGGGCCUGUGUGGGUGACAUGAAUCGGAACCUGGGAGAGAUGCACCGAGGUGGGGGCACACUGUGUACCCAGCUGCCUUCCUUUUGGAAGGCUUUCCAGUCCCUGGUGAAGGCCUGUGAGCCCUGUGUCGAGGACAGCUGACCAAAAGCCCAGCAGAGCAAGAACUAAGGACUGGCUGGGUGAGGUGGUGCUCACCUUUAAUCCCAGUACUCCGGAGGCAGAGGCAGGAGGAUC